AUGGACUCACGUCAUGCGUACUUUAUGAAGCAGGCAUUAAUAAUGGGUGAAAAAGCACUUGAGACAGGCGAGACGCCGGUAGGAUGCGUCCUUGUUUAUAACAACAAAAUCGUCGGUUCAGGGAUGAAUGAUACCAACAAAUCCAUGAAUGGCACAAGACAUGCUGAAUUCAUCGCCAUCGAGCAAAUGCUUGAAAAUCACCCUAGAACGCUUCUUCAUUCGACAGACCUAUAUGUGACUGUUGAACCGUGCAUUAUGUGUGCUUCUGCUUUGAGGCAAUAUCAGAUUCGUACCGUUUAUUUUGGCUGCGGAAAUGACAGGUUCGGAGGGACCGGGAGCAUUCUCUCGUUGCAUUCUGACCUCUCGAUAGACCCACCGUAUGUGGUACAUGGGGGGUUAUUUCGGGAAGAAGCUAUAAUGCUACUUCGGCGCUUCUACAUACAAGAAAAUGAAAAUGCUCCCAAGCCUCGGCCUAAGAAACACCGUGAGCUCAAGACGAGCUUUCAGAAUAGCGUACCGGGCAGUCAAUCUUCGAGCCCAACUAUCUGA